CCGGCCCGGAGCGGAGUCGAGGAUUGGCCCCUCCACCCGUCAGUCGGACCUGUGGGCGGGGACAGACCCGGCUCUCCGCCGCGCUGAGGCCGCCCGCGGGUCUCGUCAUCUCAGAGCGACGGCGGAGGCGUGGUCCCGGCCCCGGCAGCCUGGCCGGGGAUCAUGGCCGCUGUGGGGGAGUCCAGCCAGCGUCAGCCCGAUGCCCACACGCCGGAGACUCUCGCCGCCCCGGCCGCCCGGGAGGUGCUGAGCGGCGCCCUGCGCUCCCUGCCCAGGCUGACGGGGCAGCUUAACCUUGGAGAUGAUGUGGUGAAAAUUGUAAUCGAUUGGAGCAAGCUUCAAAGUACUUUGGCACUCCAGCCUACAUUGCUCUUUAGUGCACUUCAGCAACAUAUUUUAUAUUUGCAGCCUCUUUUAGAAAAACUCCAGUCAAUGAUUAAAGAGGACAAUAUAGUCCCUGUUGAAGAUGCAGAUAAAACAGAAGGCAAGAAGUUGGAUACAAAUUCAAAGUUAUCUGAUAGUACCUCACAGAUAGAAGAAAAAUAUACAAGUUAUGAUUCAGGAGAUCUGAAAGAGGCUCCUGUUAAUUUUGACUCAGAGGUGGUCCAGAUAAAAGCUGGAAAAGCAGAAAUUGACAGGAGGAUAUCAGCCUUCAUUGAGAGGAAACAAGCUGAGAUCAAUGAAAAUAAUGUCAGGGAAUUUUGCAAUGUUAUUGAUUGUAAUCAAGAGAACAGCUGUGCCAGAACAGAUGCAGUUUUCACACCUUAUCCUGGAUUUAAGAGUCAUGUAAAGGUUUCUAGAGUUGUGAACACCUAUGGUCCCCAGACUAGAUCUGAAGGAACACACGGGUCCAGUCAUAAAGCAAGUAUCCUGCUUCGUGACUGUGGAAACCAAGCAGUAGAGGAAAGACUGCAAAACAUUGAAGCUCAUUUACGGUUACAAACAGGUGGUCCAGUACCUAGAGAUAUUUAUCAGAGAAUUAAAAAGCUUGAAGAUAAGAUUCUUGAGUUGGAAGGAAUGUCCCCUGAAUAUUUUCUAUCUGUGUCUUGGCCUUCAACAUCCUCUGGCAAGGAGUUCCACAGGUUGUCUGUCAGAGAGAGAAGAGGCCUGGGAUUCAGCUGUUACCCUGGAGCACUGAGGGAGCUGCUGAUGGGGUUGAGAGUGAGGGUGUACUGAGUGGGCAAAGGAGGGAACCCUGCCUUGGCUGUUACUACCUGUUAAUUACCUUGGGAAAAUGUUUGUUCUUCAGUUCUCCUGCUCUCCCUCCUGUGUCACUAAAAUGGUCUGGCCCUCUCCCCUGGAUUUUCACUUCCUGACUGAAUCUCUCUCCUAAUGACACCAGCAGAAGAGGGAGCCUUCUGGUAGAAAGAGUAAAACAGCAAUACUUUAAAUUUUAAAUGCAGCCCUAUGUUUUUACUUGGAUUUCUCUGUGCUGUACAUGGAGCUACACCUUGAGACUAUUUGGAAAUUAAAGGUAGUGCAGGAGGGAGCUUUCUGCUUAACAUGUUGAGUUUCCCCACACAAAGUGCUUUGGGAUCUUCUUUGGGUACCAAUAGGUGUUUGGGUGGAAUUUACUGUAGCAGUGGUACAGCUAGUGUAGGUCAGUGCCUAGACUGCCAGUAGUAUAUUGGUACUGUGUCUGCAUGAAUGUUUGCACCAUUGAUACUAGCAGUGGUGAGAAACACUAGCAUGGACAAGGCAUCCACUAAAUAUCAAACUACCCUAUUAUCUCUAAAGGCAGCCUUCAUUUAGGAUAUGAUUCGGGUAUACAGGCUGUGCAGCUUAAAGAAGUUUGAGCAGCUUCUGGCUGUUCUCUGGAAAAGCAGUAGGUUGUUUGAUUUUUGCCUGGGAUUUCUCCCACCCCUAAAAUUCGCUUAAUUGAAGAGGAUUUCUUGGUAUGUAUGGAAUGAUGGUCAGUGUUCCCUUCGGUGCUCUGAAGACUUACUCCUGUAUCAGUGAUAAAAUAGAGCUUGUAGCUUCUAGACUUUGGGGGGAGGGAUAGCUCAGGGGGUUGAGCAUUGGCCUGCUAACCCCAGGGUU